AUGGCUUGCAAGAAACUUAUUACCGUCCUAGGAGCCACAGGAGCCCAAGGUGGUUCAGUGGUCAGAGCUCUUCUACAGGACAGCUCGUUUGCGGUCAGGGCGGUCACACGUGAUGUCAGCAAACCGGCUGCUGUGAAGCUGAAGGAAGCCGGCGCGGAGGUGGUAGCUGCGGAUAUGGACGAUGCAAAGAGCCUGAAGGAGGCAUUCAGUGGAGCUUAUGGAGCUUUUGUGGUCACCAACUUCUUUGAUCACUUCAGUAAGGAGAAAGAAGUGGCACAGGGAAAACGGAUCGCAGAUCUGUGCAAACAGCUGGGUCUACAGCACGUGGUCUUCAGCGGUCUGGAAAAUGUCCACAAACUGACCGGGGGCAAGCUGGAGGUUCUUCACUUUGAUGGGAAAGGGGAAGUGGAGGAAUAUUUCAGGCAGAUUGCUGUCCCCAUGACCAGUGUGAGGCUUGCCUUCUACUUCGAGAACUUCCUGAGCGUCUGUAGGCCACAGAAAAGCCAGGACGGCAAGACGUAUCAGCUGGUCCUUCCCAUGGGAGACAUUCCAAUGGAUGGAAUAUCUGUUGCGGAUCUUGGCCCCAUUGUCCGCAGCGUCCUGCUGAAUCCCUCUGAAUACAUUGGAAAGGAUAUCGGGCUGAGUGCGGAUAAGCUAACCAUCAAACGAUAUGCAGAGAUCAUGUCCAAGGUGAUCGGCAAGACCAUCGUAGACUCCAAGAUCCCCCCCGAGGUGUACGAAAAACUCGGCUUCCCAGGAGCAGAUGAGAUGGCCAAUAUGUUCCGGUUCUACCACAUGAGACCUGACCGCAGCAUGGAGGUGACCCGCAGGCUGAACCCCGACCUGAAAACCUUCGAACAGUUUAUGGUUUCCAAGAAGGAAGCUUUUACAGACUUAUAA